CUAAGAAGUUGCUGAUGAUGGCUGGUAUUGAUGACUGCUACACCUCGGCCAGGGGCUGCACUGCCACCCUGGGCAACUUCGCCAAGGCCACCUCUGAUGCCAUCUCUAAGACCUACAGCUAUCUCACCCUGGAUCUCUGGAAGGAGACUGUGUUCACCAAGUCUCCCUAUCAGGAACUCACUGACCAUCUUGUAAAGACCCACACCAGAGUGUCUGUGCAGAGGACCCAGGCUCCAGCUGUGGCCACCACAUAAUUUUAUACAAGAAAAAUAAAGUGAUGAUUUAA